CUUAGCCUCACGCAGAAAGAAUGCAAAAGAAAGGAAGAAGUGUGAAGUGGACCUCAACAGCUAUCAUGGGGCACGCUGGCAAACUGAUUUUGACCCUGCUUGUGGUGGGCUUUUUAAAGCCCUGUGAGGCUAUAGGAGAAAUGAAGGUUUCUUGCAACUCUGAUGUGGAAGGCACCAUCUACAGCUACGGGGCCACGAUACUAGACGGGAGCAAGAAUGUCUCUUUUAAUGAGUAUGCUGGGAAGACAGUACUUUUUGUCAACUUGGCAACUUACUGUGGACUCACCAUGCAGUACCUCGAACUGAAUGCACUACAGGAGGAGAUGUCCCAGUAUGGCUUUGCUAUUCUGGGAUUCCCUUCUAACCAGUUUGGGCAGCUGGAACCUGGAAAAAAUGAAGACAUCUUACAAGGUUUAAAGUAUGUCAAACCAGGAAAAGAUUUUGUUCCAAAUUUUCAGAUUUUUGAAAAGGGAUUGGUGAACGGAGAGAAUGAACAGAAAGUGUUUACAUUCUUGAAGAGUGCCUGCCCACCUGCUGGGGACAACUUUGGGGACACCAAAAGGCUCUUCUGGGAGCCCCUAAGGCUUAAUGAUAUCAAGUGGAAUUUUGAGAAAUUUCUGGUUGGGCCUGAUGGCAAGCCAGUUAAACGCUGGCACCCCAGAGUGAGCGUCAAUGUGGUAAAGAAAGAAAUUCAGCAGUACCUCCUGUCGCAGAAGGGAAACACACAAUAGAAAAUGGAUGAAAUUUCUUAGACUUGAAAAAUAAGAUGACUUGCAAAAUGAGAAAUUUAACUCAUUUGUCAUUUUUUCAUGACUUGAUUAGGACACAUUUUGCUGAAAGCCACACAUCAAUUCAAUCAGUUCUAUACACUGUGAAAUCUCAUUUAGUUGCAGGAUAUGAAAAGCAGUAAGGCACAUCAUCAGAAAAGGAAACGGCCAACACAGAAACCUUUAAAAAGAAUGGGCCAUAUGGUCCUUUUUCCAUCAGUUGUAAAAUAUUGCAAAAUAUCACUUAUUCCUUCUUUUCCUUACAGAAUUUUAAAAAGAGCAACAUUGCACUCUUUUAGAUGACAAUUAAAGAAAUGACCCCCACGGCUUCAUUUCCUGUAGCCCAAACUUGGAAAAAAUGUCCCCUUCCAACAUCAGUCAAGUUUGGUGACAGAAAGUGUCAUCUUGUAAAAAAGGGCAGUUCACAAUUUUGAUUAAAGUGAAAAAUUCCACUUUAAAUAUACAAGAGAAACAUGACAUUCUCAGCUCUAUUCUUGUAUAACGCCUUCCAUGCUUUGUGAUAUCACACAUUACUAGUCAAUAUAAAAAUGUGAAGAUCCAAGUAGCUGAUGAUUGACUGGCUGAUCUCUUUAAAUACAAGUCAUUUAAGAUUUUAAAUUAGGCCAUACUAAUCUGUCAAUUUAGGGGAAAAAUUAAACCACU